AUGGUUCUUGAGCAUUGCCCAAUCGGUGAUUUGCACGAAUUCUACAAGAAGCAAGAGGAUUUGGAAGAUAAAGCGGCUUUCUCAGAACGCUUCAUGUGGACCAUCUUCAAGCAACUAGCAGAGGCGCUAGCCUUCGUACGCAAAGGUGUUCUACUCAAGGGCAAGAAGAGAUCACCGGUGGUACACUGCGACAUCAAGCCCCACAAUAUCCUGAUAAAGAGUCUUGAAAAGAAUCGCGAUCUCUCGUCGAUAAGCAUAAAGCUUGCAGACUUCGGACUGGCAAUACACUACGACUCCAAAGUCAAUUAUCAAAGCUUCUUCGGAUCGCCUGCAUAUUGCCCACCGGAGAUAAAUUGGGAUGACCCAAUGUAUACCCCGGCACUCGACGUUUGGGCUAUGGGUGCAGUGAUGCAC